ACAGUACGAGCUCAAAUCGAUAUUUCACCAUGUGGCACAAUGAAGGGCUGUCUUUUCGCCCCUCCAGGAUGCCGUCCAGGGCAGAACUGUCAAAUUCAGUUCAGCUAUCAGAUCGAUGGUGCGAAUUUAGCAAUGGAACUGGCCGGUACACCGCCGGCAGCUAAUGGCUACAUUGCAGUCGGUUUUUCGAAAGAUGACCAAAUG